GCCGGCUGGCGGUGGCUCCGGGUUCCCCUGCGCUGGUGCUCGCGGUCUCAGCAUCUCCGCCCGCCCUCGCUCCCGAGCGCGGAGGCGAGCCGCAGCCCGGCGCGGCGGUGGGCGUGUGCGCGCUGAAGGACGCCUCCUCUUGCUCCUGUGUUGCAGGCGGCGGCCGGCGGCUCCAGCUCGGGCAGCGGCGGCGUCUUCCGGAGUCCCGCGGCGAAGAUGCUCAAAGUCACGGUGCCCUCCUGUCCCUCCUCGCCCUGCUCCUCGGUCACCGCCAGUACUGAGAACCUCGUCCCGGAUUACUGGAUCGACGGCUCUAACCGGGAUCCUCUGAGCGAUUUCUUCGAGGUGGAGUCAGAGCUGGGACGGGGUGCUACCUCCAUUGUGUACAGAUGCAAGCAGAAGGGGACCCAGAAGCCCUAUGCUCUCAAAGUGUUAAAGAAAACAGUGGACAAGAAGAUCGUGAGAACCGAAAUAGGAGUUCUCCUGCGUCUCUCACACCCGAACAUCAUAAAACUCAAGGAAAUAUUUGAAACCCCCACAGAAAUCAGCCUGGUCCUUGAACUGGUUACAGGAGGAGAACUGUUUGACAGGAUUGUGGAGAAGGGAUACUACAGUGAGCGUGACGCGGCUGACGCUGUGAAGCAGAUCCUGGAGGCUGUCGCUUACCUGCAUGAAAAUGGAAUUGUUCAUCGAGAUCUCAAACCAGAGAAUCUUCUUUAUGCAACUCCAGCCCCUGAUGCACCGCUCAAAAUUGCUGAUUUUGGACUUUCAAAAAUCGUGGAACAUCAAGUGCUCAUGAAGACAGUGUGUGGAACCCCAGGGUACUGCGCACCUGAGAUUCUCCGAGGCUGUGCCUAUGGACCUGAGGUGGACAUGUGGUCUGUUGGAAUCAUCACCUACAUCCUACUUUGUGGAUUUGAGCCUUUCUAUGAUGAACGAGGUGAUCAGUUCAUGUUCAGGAGAAUUCUGAAUUGUGAAUAUUACUUUAUCUCCCCCUGGUGGGAUGAAGUGUCUUUAAAUGCCAAGGACUUGGUCAAAAAACUUAUUGUUUUGGAUCCCAAGAAACGGCUGACUACAUUUCAAGCCCUCCAACACCCGUGGGUCACAGGUAAAGCGGCCAACUUUGUCCACAUGGAUACUGCUCAGAAGAAGCUUCAAGAAUUCAACGCUCGGCGCAAGCUUAAGGCAGCAGUAAAGGCUGUGGUGGCCUCUUCUCGGCUGGGAAGUGCCAGCAGCAGUCACAGCAACCUUCAGGAAGGCCACAAGGCCAGCUCAGAUCAACCCUCGACCCAAGAUGCCAAGGACAACACAGAUCUUCUGGGAAAGAAAAUGCAGGAGGGUGACCAAGUGGCAGCUGAGGCACCAGCCCAGGAGAUGAAGGCGCUGCAGUCCGAGGAGGGGAAGAAAGAUACGGAUGUAAAAGAGGAGACUUCCAGAAUGGUGCCUCAGGAGCCGGAGGAGGAUGGGCUGAAGACAGAUGACCUGGAAGUAAAAAGGGGUUCAGGGGAGAAGCUGAAGAGUGUGGAAGAAGAAACGGACCCCGAAGCUGAGGAGGAAGCCCCUGCAGAGGGGCUUGGGGUUCCACAGCAGGACGCGAUUCUGCCAGAGUACUGAGCGGGCUUCCUUUAGGUCCAGAGGCCGACCCCAGCAUUUUAUGAACUUUGUCCUUCAGCAAGGUGGGGGAGCAUGAAAUGCACUAUAGUGAUUCUGUUUUGAGGUGCAAAAAAAAAACCAUAUAUACCAGUUGGUAACCCUAAUGUCAGUGCAUGUGUUUGCUUUAUGAAAUAAUGUUUUCUACGGCAUGUAAUGGAUACCUAAUACCGAUGAGUUAAAUUUGAAAUUUCUAGCAAGCCACACGACACUUAAAAAAUCAUUCUCAGCCUUUGGUGGCGCAUUCUGAAGUGAAAUGGCAAAUGGACUUUGGAAGCGUAGGCAUCCUAGGUCUCUAGAUGUCUUCAGAGAGGACAAUUCCUUUGAACUCAGCUAAAGCCAGCUGGAGUUUCAGGACACAUUGCCAUGACUUUGCAAAUACUUCCAGUGGGAACGGCCCAGCAGGCUGUUAUAAAAAUAGGCCAUAGAUGGUUAUAAAAAAAUACCUGUAAAGCGUGCAAAAAUAUCCGUGCACAGUGUUGGGAAGCUGAAGCACUCUUACAAGGCUCUGGGUCCACAGUCCCCUCAAGUGUAUGCAGAGAAUGUCUUAGUUUUUAGUCCACUAUAUAAGAAUACCCAAAAUGCUCAUCAUAAAAUUCUGCCAGUUUACAAUUCUUGGGAAACUAUUUUUUAAACUGUGCCACUCCUUUCCUUUACCUUGUCUUUCAAAUAAAAUGUCUCCGCAGAGUAUAAAAUCUAGGAAAGAAGAAGAAAUUUAAAUAAAAUGAGAUAGAAUUAGGCUGUAGAUGUGCCAAGGUUAACUCCUUUCCAUUUCUCACAAAAUUCUGCAUCUGUAAACUUAUGCGAUAUUUUGCAUAUCAGAACAAUUUUCUAAAUACACUCUGCAAGUAGCAAGUUUCAAGUUUUGGAAAAGUACAAAUUGCACAAAUCGAUGCCAAAAUGUCUGAAUCUUAUAACAAUACACUCAAUAGUUAGAUUGCUUACGUUGUUAGAGUAAGGAAAUGGUAGCAGAAGGCUAGUCCCCUCCAACUAUGUAGACAGUGUUACUGUUCGUAAGCUUAAAGUUCACUAUGAAAGCUAGGAGCUUUCCCAAUGGAAGGGGCCACACACUUUAUAAUGUGGAAUAUAUGCCAAGAAAUUUAGCAUAGCAUAAACUUUUAUUUGCCUUAAAAAUAAGCAAAACCAAAAAUAAAAUAAAAACACAUCUUGAACCAGACCUCGGGGAGGGCACAGCAUUAGACCUUAGUUAGCAUGAUUUUUCUCUCAGAAUAAAUUUUUUGGGGGGGGGGUCACAAAAAUCAUACUAAAUCCAUUACCUCAAAUUUUGGGUUUGAGUGAAAAUGAGCACUUUAUCAAAAUAACUGUUUAAUAUUUUGUGUGGGGUUUCUUGAUUUAAAAAAACAUAUUACUUUUGAAGUCCAAAGGUGGGGCAAGAAGAAUGAAUAGCACAGAUUUUUUUCAUUAAACUAAUAAUUUUCCCAGUUAGACUGGGAACUGACAGUAGAUCUGGGUUCUCCAGGCUGUUGGGGUGUCAGCACUUCAGCAUGUCAAGCACAAACCUCUGACAGCUCUUGGGGAAGGAGACCAUGUGGGGCUUUGAGCAUUUUGUGAUUUGGGUCCUUGACAGGCAGCUGACUGGGAGGGCAUCAUCUGACCAGGGCCAUUCUUUUCUCUUUGAUUUUAAUUGACAGUGUUUAUGCUUUAUGUUCUUCCUUCCUCUUUAAUUUCUCCCUCUUGAAACUCAUUCUGAGUGUCAUAAAGGGCUCCCUAGUUUUAACCUUUAAGAAUGCUUCGUUAAGAUUUCCACUUAGGAAGAGCAAUUCCCUGGUGUAAUUUUCCUCAUCAUAUUUACCAUCUGUGAGUAAAAACACAUGUGAGUGUCCCAUCCAUGGGAAGAUCGAAGAAGACUGGGGGGGCGGGGUCUCGUUAGAAGGUGGCAGUUAAAUAUCUAAACAUAUCAUCGCUCAGACCCAACCCAGGUCUUUCUUCAUCCCAACAUGGGCUGAGUGCCUUGACUGACCCUGUAGACUAUAAGAAGAGCAUUAGAGAUGCCAAGGCCCCGUGCAUCUCAGAGUCAGCCGCUUAAAUGACUGUACCUCCUCCCUUCUUGGUGGUACUCAAGAGUUCUAGCACAAUUCCCUCCCUCUCUUUUAUGACCUGCACCCUUCACUAAUUAAACAUCAUGAGCAAGUUUCAGUUGCAACUGGUAUACUAAAGAGUAAGUCCUGCCAAUCCUUGCAAAGGACUAAGUUCUUUCACUCAAAUCAUUCAAAGAUUCCCUCCAAGCAUAUAUACCAUUUUAAAAGAACAAUCAGCAUUUAUAUUGCUUGUUAAAAUUAUAUUAUCUAUUUCAAAGAUUACUUAAAGGAAGACAGUCUUCAUUUGAAAGAACAUUCUAAUAUUACUCUGAAUCAGGAAUUGUCUUUGAUAGGGUUUUAUUCCUGUGAAAGAGACACCAUGACAUAACCAAAGCAAAUCUUAUAAAGAAAAACAUUUAAUUGGUUCUGGCGCACAGUUUCAGAGAUUCUGUCCAUUAUCAUCAUGGCAGGAACCAUGGUAGCAUCCAGGCCAGUAUCGUGUUGGAGAAGGGGCUGAGAGUUCUACAUCUUAAUCCAAAGGUGGUAGCAGGGGACUGACUGGCACACACUGACCAGAUUUAAGCAUAUAUAUAUAAGAUAUCAAAGCCCCGCCUCCACACUGACUACCUUCCCCUAAUAAGGCUACACCUCUUUCAAUAAAGCCAUACCCUAAUAGUGCCACUUCCCAUGGGGCAAGCAUAUUCAAACCACCACAGUAAUAUAGUCACAAAGCAAAACAAUUUUUUAAAAAUCAACAAAUAAAAUUUGCAUUUAAGGGAUGACAGUUACAAGGUGGUGGAAGGCAGAGGUAGGUAGAUCUCUGAGUUCAAGGUCAGCCUUGUCUAAAGAGAGAGUUCCGAGACAUUCAGGGUUACAAAAAGAAACCCUGUAUCACCAAAAGGAAAAAAGUUACAUUUAUUAUUGGGUUUAAUUUCAUGAUCAGGCACAUAGCAUAAGGGUCUUCCCACUCCCCCCCCAGAGGACAGUUGCAAUUAUUUCCCCUAUCUAGAAAGUCCACCUGUGCUUGUAGUGAGUUUCUCAAACUUUUAGCCUUCUUGCCACAACAGCACAUAGAGAUUAGAAUAGAAUGGUUACAAAAUUAUCCACUGAAAUAAGUGCUUAUAUUAAAAAGUUUAAUAAGGUACACAUGUAAAAAAAAAUCUCAGACAAGGUUUUAUUACGUAUCCCAGGCUGGCCUGAUUUCAUUUUGCAGCCCAGACUGACCUGAAACUCACACAGUGAUCUUCCUGCCUCAGCUCUCCAGGGACCUGGGGUUAUAAGCAUAUGCCAUCAAUCCCAUAGCCAUGGUGUAGCUCUAAAUUUUCUAUUAGCUACCUUCUAAAAAAAUACACAGUAUACACAUAUUAUUACAUCAAAAUUAAAAUUAAUAAGAUAAUUUGAACAGAUUUUAUACUGUUUCUAAAUUAGCAGUUUAAGCAUGUUUACAUUGGGUGGUCAUGGGCCACAUUAAGCCAGUGGUUCCUAUGGUAGAUGCACUGGUCUAGUCUAGAGCACUUUUCUUCUGAGUAGAGUGAGACUUGAGUUUCUAUGGUCAGAUCUGAGCUGACUUAGUUUUCUACAUUGGUAAAUUGGUGAGCAGCUAAAAUACAAAAAAAAUGCACAUAAAUUCUGGCUAUUCCUGGACAUGCGUUGUCUUAAAGAAGUGACCUGUGUUAUUACAUCAAAGUAACAAUUCCUUAGGCAUUGUCAAAGUGUAUGUACUGGUCAGAGUCCAGCUUAUCCCCAUUUGGCUCUGGAAACCUGACUGUACCCCAGUUUUCCUGAAUACUGCCAGAGAGCCAACAGAAUUCCCAAUUACUGUGGGCCCACCGUGUGUCACCACUGAGCUGCCCAUCCACAGAAUCCAGUCCCUAGAGACUGAACUAAGAUUGACAUCAUCCUCAUGCUGCAGGCAACCUUUCUAGAAGCCUCCUGGAAAAUGCAGUUGUAUGGUGGAUAUGUUACGAUGGUGGCGAUAUGACAGAUACCCUGAGAAUGGGACUACCAUCACGUCUGGCAUUUGUAAAACCUCACACAAGGAAUUGGUUAACACUGCCACUGACAGAUUUUUUUAAAAAGCACUUUUGGAAAUAUCCUAAUCAUUUUAUUGGCAGAUUUAUAAAGAGCAGCUUGACCGUUAAAAGGACCUUGUUGCCUGCCAUUUGAUAUCUUGUAAUGAAGAAUGUUCAGCAUUUUUUAUUGGCUAUUUCCAAUAUCAUACACAAUUGUGGACUACCUACAGGUUGAAGCUUCAAAGAGCCAUUGGACUUCAUGGUUCAUUGUUUAUUACACAGAAACAUCUGGCUGCAUUUCAAAUUGGAAAAAGAAAAACAACACCAGGAGAGAGAACAUACUUCUACUUUAGAAUUGUUCUUACAAAGCCAAACAAAAAAGUUUAAAGAGGUCAUCAACGUGAAUUAGCACUAGGCUCAUACACAGCAGUCAGUUGCAGGAUGAUGCCAUUGUGUGAUUGUGAAGUCCUCCGUCUGGCUCUCGAGGUCUUUUUGAGACAGCACAACGUUUCCAGACAUUACUUAUGUAAUGAGAUUUGUAAUAUCUUUGUAAUUACUGUCCAUUAGCUCAUACUCCAAUUUCCUUAAUGUUUUCCACUGAUACAUUACCCAUCAGCAUCAUUGCUGACAUUUGAGCACUUACCAGUUGAACACUGCUGAAGGUUAGAUCAUGUGUCUGCAGUGUUUAACAUGCAAAUAGAGUUCUCUGUUGGUGUUUAUAGCCGCAUGAUGAAAAUGUACAAAAUUUCCUACCUAAAAAUUUUAAGGCAUUUUACUUUCUUAUAAAAAGGUGGUUCUCUAGUUUCUUGAAAGUAAAGGUAGGAUAGAGGGGGAGGAGGAAGAGAGGGAGAGAGGGAGGGGUGGAGAUACAUAUAUUAGUAACACACCCAGUGCUGCAAUGAUCAGGAAACUUCCCAUUUCUUCUUUGCAUUCAAAGACAAGCUUCUUCAUUCCUCCUUGGGAAUAUGACCUGAGGUCAAAUAACUCAGUCCAAUCAUUUUUCACUUACCUUGGAAAGCAGUAGCAAACAAUUUAUGAUUGGUUAAAAUCAAUUUUCAUAAAUGAUCUGUGACAGAUUCAGAAAGGCUUGACGCUAUCUGUUCUCAGGCAUCUGGCCCAGGAGUCUAGGGAAAGGUCAAAACUGUGCCAUGAAACCAGCCUUCCUGACAAUAUUGCAGGAAUCAGCCUCAAAGAUUCCCCAGCAUCUGACCUAGUUAGACUCAAAGUACAGACCUCCCAUGCUCUGAAGGGCUGAACAUCUCUUUAAAUACUCCACUGUUCUUGACCAAUGGUAGGAAAAAUGGAAUUCUGCCAAUCACAUUUCUUUGUGUAGGUUUAUCCCACAUGUCCCAAGUCAGAGUUUUGUUUUAUCCAUCCAGACAUCAGCCUCACUUUGGAAAUGUCCUUUAAGUUCUGGGAGGAACAGCUGAGCAAUUAUAAGAAUGCAAAAUCACGCUGUUCAUAAUUAUCUUCAUUGUAUUUUGAAGAUUGACUUGAAAGACCCAUGGAUAUAGAUAUUUAAAUCCAAUUUAAUAUUUGCUUUGAUUCAUUGUGCUGAUGAUGACAGAUAUUUAAUCUUCAGUCAAGUUGAAUAAUCUUAUUUUCCACCUAAAAGGUUACUUCAAGAGUCUCAAAGAGGCUUCAUGUCUUUGAAACUGUUUAUUGAAGCUAUCUCCAAAUUAUGAUAGUUAUGGAUGAUAAAAGUCUUCUAGAUGUGUGUUUCCUUUGUCCUGUCUUUGAAAUAAGAAUAAUAACACAUUUUAUAUGUGACACUAAUAUGACCAUAAUUUGAAAAUUAUCAUUGCAUGGUGCCUACUUUUAACCAAACCUGUUUUAUAUGCCUGGUUAACCAUCUGUAUAUUAGUAUAACUAAUAUACAAUUGUAUUGGUUACACUAAAGGGUAUAUUCAUAAUUGAUGUCUCUUCUGGCCAUGGUAUUCUCAGUUUCAGUAAUAUUUUAUGACCAACUAUAAACCAAGAGAUUUUCUAAAUUUUAAGUUCUUUGGUUGAAAUUGCACAGAAGAACUCUGCCAUUCUGUGCCCAACAGAUACUGUUUUUCUCCUUAAAAUCUGUAAACAUCUCCCGAGUUUGGUGGCUGGGAACAGUGACUUGAGUACAGACAAAUCCAAUGACAGAAAGUUAGAAACACAUGGGCUGUCAGAGCGAUGUUUUAAGUUAAUAAUCAUACCAGUUUGUAUUCCAAUCAUAUUUUUUAAUAUCUGGUUAUUGAGAUACAUAUAUAUUCUCUAGUGAUAACUACCAUGACCAAAAACAACGUGGAGGAGGAAAAGAUCUGUUUUAUCUUAGAGGUUCCAGUCUAUCAUGAGGGAAAGCUACAUCAGGAACUCAGGAUAGGCACCUGGAGGCAGAAUGUGACACAGAAAGCAUGAGGAAUACUGUUCCCUGGCUUCCUUCUCCAGUCUGCUCAGCUCUUACACAGCCCAGGCCCCCUGCCUAUGGAUGGUACCGCCCACAGUGGGCUGGGCCCUUAUAUCAAUUAGUAAUCAAGGAAAUGACAAACAGCAAAGCCCAAAGGUCAGUCUGACCAGGUCAGUCACUAAUCUAGACUCCCUUUGGGGAUGUGUCAGGCUAACAUCUGAAGCUAACUAGGGCAUCUAAAACUACACACAUUUAAAAACUUUUCCCAUAGGGUUCUCCAAAGUACUAAAUUUAAAUCCCCCAAAACAGUUUUCAGGACUCAGGUAAGCUAGAGUUUAAAGAGCAAAUCUUAAUUAAGGACUUAGUUUACUAUUGUGAUUAACUCAAACAGUUUCUAUUUGCAAGCUACUAGAAUAGCACAAAAUAUUUUCAACAGAAGACCAUAUGAUCUAUAUCACCUAAAAUGUCUAUCUGGCCCUUUAUAGGAAAAUCAAGACUUAGAUUUUCAUUGCCCAUCAUGCCUUGUGAUGACCUUUAGGAAUCCAUUUUCCACACUGUAGCAUUUUUUUGCCUUGGUUAGGUUCUCUCAUUUGCUCCUUAGAAGUUAGGUGAGCUUUGUUUCAUGUUUGUAAAUGGUCUCACAAUUGUGUAGGAGGCAAAACUUAAAAUCUCCAUGUAGAACAAAAAAUGUGGAGUUAUGUUAUUUCUAAAGAAGGAAAUUAGUCUGGCUUGAGCUAAAGGUUCAGAUUCCUCAUUGUUUGAACAUGUUAUAGAAACUUUCAAAAACACAUGAAUUGACAGAAAACCAUCACCGACAUUGGCUCGUGUAAACGUCAUGCCCUAUUGCUUACAAACUUUGGAUGAGCGUCCGUUGGCUCGGAGCCUCUAAAUGCAAUGAAACGAUUUCUAGAAAUUGGAUUUUUCACUAACCUUUAGGAAAUGCCAGCGUUUCAGGGAAUACAGCCACCUUUAUUUUGAAAGGAAAGGCUGCUUUCCUUUACCCAUGAUUCUCCAACUUCUGUAGCUCUUGUGUGAAAGAGCCUUUAGUACAUACUUUUCUGGCAAAUUUAGAAACCCAAGAAGAGCCCUCUAGUCUAUUUCUCCCUUGACAAAUUACCCAUUCCAGAAUAUCUGCCUUGAGGAACCAAGAAACACACUUAUGAGGGAACUUUUGACAUUUGUGACUUUCAGUUUGACUGUCAACUUUGUCACCACAAAGGUCACAAAUGAGAUACUGAGUAAGAGACCUUUUAUCGGCCUGUCAUUGGAAAUAGCUACAAUUACUAGCAUAUUCUCUUUCUUAAACAGUUGCAGCAAUCAGUAAGACGGUAUAGCCACUGGGAUGUUACGGAAUAUGGGAACAAAUGACAGUCGUUUCCUGAGCCUCGGUGGUUGGCAAGGGUAGGAGACAGACUGCUGGAAAGAGAGAGGGCGAGGUCACUUAGUACUAGGAUUCCACAUUCUUUUCUGCCAAUCUUCUAGGGCAGCUCGGGUUGAGGGCAGUUAUCGAUAUACUUCGAACCUUAAAAUGAGUAGGUGAAAAUUAGUAUCUAAUUCUCCUCUCAGAAAUGCAAUAGCAUGGCUUAGAGGAUAUUUGGCCUAUGUGGAAGGCCAGCUUUUAAGGGUAUGAUUCACUAACAACAAAAGCUUCGUAGAAAUAGACCAUUCCAGGAACUCUUUUCCCAUAGUAAAAUUUCACUGACAAGUCCUUCCUUGCAAUACAGGAGUCAGAGAUGUCUUAGUUGAGGAGAAAGGGCAAGCAACCACACAUAUCCUGUGCUGAAUACCCAGAGAUGGUAAGCUCUCGAGGGUAGGAAAGGGGAAAUCGGUCUCAUGCCAAGAAUGUGCAAGGAAAGCCUCACAGGAACACAGCUAAUUCUGAAGGAUGCACCAACCUUUAAGGUUGAGAUGGAGAGAAAGGACAUGUUCAACUAAGGAAUAGCCAGUCCAGGGUGGAGACGCACACACCAAGGAGGAGAUUAGCACGCGAUGAGGAAGGCUGAGAGACCCAGCGGAGCGUUAUGCGGUGUGGAGCAGGCUCAGAUCUCAUCUGAGUUCCUUGCUUUCUUACUCUGGACAGACACAAGUGGAGCCCUUCUGCAGAGGGCCUGCCCCUGCUCCUUGACUAGCCUCCUGGUACAUAGCUAAUGGGAUAAAAGUCAUUCACCAUAUUGAAGAUGUGUUUGCAACUCCACAGCUAAUCUUCAGACCUCAAGCUUGUCCUGCCAGGUUUUAAACUCUUCACUUUUCUGUCCAGUGUCUAUAAUAUAUACAUUUAUAAGUAUAAAUUAUAUAAAAUCUAAAGUCUUUAUUAUAUCUCUUAUUGGAGGCACUAUUUUUCCAUUCAUCUUCAAGACACUUUUUUAAAAUUUCCCAUUAGAAUUAUAUUUCACUGUGACUACUCUGGCUUGUACAUCUUUGCUUAUUUCUCAUGAUGUUUGUGGAUAGUGGAUGGCUACAUUACUCCAGGAUAAAUGAAAUGAGGAGAGGUAGAGAAAAAGAGAGAAAUAUCUUAGUUGAGAGAGGGGAAGAUGCUAAAAAAUAAAGAUAGUGUUAGGACAGAACACUAUCCUAGGUUAGUGGGCACUAAGAAAGGAACACUGGCUAUGAGGGCUCAGGUGGCAUUAUCUGAGAUGUUCUUGUUGACACUUUGUCAGAUAUGAAAUUUACAUCGAUGGCUGUUGAAAGCUUUUCAUAUUAAUGAGACUUAAUUUGUUUCAAUAACAGCAUGGAAGAGUAUAGAAUACCAUCACAUGAAAGAAACCCAGACUUUGAGAAGUCUGGAUCACAACUCAUUAACCCAAAGCAAGAGGUUGUAUGACUUGGAGGAGAAAGUAUUGAAUACCUUAAUUUACACAGCUAAGACUAUAGUUGGCUUUUUCACUUUCUAACACCAAGUCGUAAGAGGGAGCUGUGAACAUUUCAUUUUCUAAAUGUGUCAAAAUGGUGCUAUUGAUUCCUUAAUACAAAGAUAGAAUUAUAAUAUUUUUAGGUAAGUCCAGCUUAGAUAUAAAUGUAAAUACAGAAAAUGUUUGCAAAGCAUUCAACAGAAACAUGUCCAUUUGCUGACGGUUGAGGUACUGUGUUCUUUAGUGUGGGUGACUGACCUGAGUUUGCGAUUUCUACUAAGGGAAACAGGGACAGCUAUUGGCUCUAUCUCAACUGCCAAAAAUCUCCAACAUUUGACCACUCACUAAGUUCUCCUUGGACGCAGGCUGGACAGUCCAAUUCUAGGAUUAAGUAUGCUCGCUUGGUGAUAGUAGGGGUGUUGCCCAAGGACUUGAAGGUUGUGUGCUGUGAGCAAAGCCAAUGCUGCCAGACAAACUACAGAGACUGACCUUAGUGAGGGCCAAUGCAACUGAGUUCACCCAGACUGUCAGAACACACCAAAGGAAGCUACCCAGUACCUUGAAACUGGUCAAUCUGUAAAGAAUUUGCAUGUGCAAUGUGACAAUAAAUCAUCUAAGAGCCCA